CAUCUCAAUCUUCAAACCGUGUCAAGCCAGCUGUAGACACCCAAUCAUGGCAACCAGUGGUGAUGGCUCGUCUUCCAGUAUGAAUCAGAACGGAGAUGGUGCCACACUCGCAGAACAACCCAAAGAAGUCCCCACUCUGGAAGGCAUCCAGAGAGAUACAGCUGCACUUUUCGAUGCACAGCAGAAAAUAAUCUCUCAGUUGAAGAAACUGUUAAAUGAUAAAGAUACUGAAAUUAGAGAGUUGCAAGCCAAGUACAUGAAGUUGUUCUUGGAGAAGAAAGCCACAGACAGAGAACUUCAAGUGUUGAGAGAAACGAUCGAAACUGAUGCCGACGGAGAUAUACCAUCGCAAGUGAGAGCUGAACAGGGACGGCGCGGCAAUUUGAAUGAUCCCAAAGCCGCAGCUGCAGGAGAUGAAGGAGUUCGAUUGGGUGGUGUAAACCCUGAGUCCUACCAAUCCACCAAAGAAACACACUCAGUGACUGAGGAUGCCAACGAGGAUGCUGGAGGAAGUGCAACAGUACGUGCCCAAGAGGAUGCUUACUCCAGUAUAACGGAUGCAGGCUCCAAAGUGAUGGGAGCUUCUAAAGUGGAUGUGUGUACUCCCUGUCCGCCUCUGUCCUUUCAGAAGGACCUGGUGACUACCGAGAUGAUUAGCUGGUUAUCGGAAAACAUCAGCAUCAAAGAAUGGAAGCCCCUGCUGCGCAAGCUAGGGGUAUCGGACGGGGGAAUUGAAGAAAUUGUUCACAACAACCAGAACAAUAUCCGGGAGCAGCGAUAUCAAGGAUUCUUUGAGUGGGGGAAGACCAGUGGUUCUAAAGCGACGGUAGCCACACUAAUAAGUGCCAUGGACAAGUUGAGCCUCCAACACAAUAUUCGUGUAUUCAGGGAGGAGUUCGGGUCAAAAAGGUCGUCUGGGAUCCAGGAUGAAACAGAUGCGGUGCAUCAAGAUUUCUCUUGUGCUCUACACGAGUUGACCAGUCCGUAUCUUAAAGGGAAGUUCGACGAGCUGAAAGACAGUCUGCAACGUUUAAACAACCUGAUGGAACCGCAGUGUGUCAGCUUGCAAUACUCGUUGACUCCUGAAACUGCGAGAGAGGGAGCUUCCGUUUUCUCUGCAUUGGAGUUCAGUAGUCAAAGGAUUCUCCAGAAGUACCCUGGUGACAAGACGAGACGCCUUCAAGAGCUACAGAAGAUAAUAAAAGUUUGCGGGAUGGGCGUACGAGCUGAAUUUAAGAAGUUUGUCUGCGCUGGAGUUGUAGGCCCUCUUGAUGGGGAGAAGGAUCUGAGGAACACAAGGCACGACAUUCUUUCAAAAGUUGAAGAGAUGCUGAGUGUCGAUUACGAAGCCACGAAAAGCUGGAAGGAUUUCACCCUCUGGCUGAAGGAGGAACACCCUGGGGUCUUCAAACCUGUGGACACAUAUAAAAUGGCCCUUUGGGAGAAGAACAAGGAUCCACGUACUGGAGCAAAAAACAUAAUCCAAGUAUGGAAUACGACGACCCAAGCCACAGAGGGAAAGUUCUAUGGCUGGCUGGUCCAAAACGAACGUAUAGACAUUGCAAAGUUGUUUGAAUGAAGACCAAUAUUUAAGUGCAGCCAUCAAAUGAACAGACGCCUUGCAUUGACAGCCAUCACUGAGUUCAAACAAUGGAAACGUGUCAACGCUGAGCACAACAUCUCGGCCAAUUAUAGGUCUUCAUUGACCUCAGUGAGGGCGCUAUUUGGGUCUUGUGAUGUGGCGUCAGGCUCGGGGGGGGGGGGGGAUACAACGCAUCUCGAUAGGCUUAACCGCUCAGCCUCGACAGAAAUAAAACCCAGUUUUGAUUUUUUGGAACAAGAUGUGUCUGUAUAUAUUUGGUUUGCGGUAACACCAUGUGUGUAUCUGCUUGCUAGGUAGAGUUUAUUCUUUAGAUGACUGUCUUGCUUCAUCGGAUUGUUCGGGAGACGUCUCUCAGUUCUGAAAAGAACUGCCUUGCUUUUUAACUACUACCUGGGCAGA